AUGCCCUUGUCGAAGGACCCUUUUGAUGAAUCCGUUAACGAUGUGCGUGAACUUGUGGCGCGGGCGAAAAGCCUGCAAGAGUCAGUGAGGUCGAAGGGGAUCGUUGACCGCGAUGUCCUUGAGGAGGUGAGGCGUGUUUUGGAUGCGGCGGAUGAAGAAUUGGGGCUUCUCAAUAACGUUCUGCAGGUAAUUGAGCAGCGCAAUGGCAGGGUUGGUGACCAGGUUUUUUCGGUGAAUGAAGUGCUUCGUCGUCAGGGGGUGGUUCGUGAGCUUGCAGCAGAACUAAAAGGUGUUCGCAGCUUUCGUGAUUCUGUGGAGGCCCGUGUGGUAGAAACUGAGAAGGCGUUUAGUAGUGCAAGUUUUGCUGACGACCACGCCAAUGACGCCUUUAUGCUGCGACAGGAACAGACUCAGAGGCAGGUGCACAUGGAGCAGGAUCUCAUUUUAGAUAGGCUCUCCGUUGGUCUUCGCGAGUUAAGGGAAACGGGGGUGAACGUCAAUGAUGAGCUCCAACAGCAGGAAAUUUUGCUGGAAGAAGCACAUCAAAAUGUGGAGGGCGUUCAGGCGCGGCUGCGUGUGGUUAACGCAAAGGUAGACAAACUACUGGCCAGCAUGUCCAACCGAAGGAAAAUAUGUACGAUUGUGAUUCUCAUCGUCGUCUUAGUGAUUCUUGCUUCGGUCCUGUUCGGAUGA